AUGCCACCGUGGGUGAUAUGUCAACUUCCAGUGAUAGCAGUUCGAUCCAUGCUAUUGAUGGCUGUACUUGCGACUUUCUGGGGCCUUACCUCAAAGCCUGGUUUUGCUGUACAAGGAACAGACUCAUCUAGCAAUUAUCCCACCUUUAUACGGAAUGAUACAGAAUUUGAGCACCUCGCGUUGCAUCCUCACCCGAGUGUGGGUCGAGUUUAUGUCGGAGCGCGGGACAACUUGUUUCAAUUGGAUAAAUUUCUCCAGCUUGAACUUCAGGACCACACCGGACCAAUCAUAGAUAGUCAAGAGUGCUUGCCUCCUGUAACUGAGAGUAACUGCCCUCAAGCAAAGCUUACGAGCAACCACAACAAGCUUUUACUGAUUGACGCAUACUCCAUGGAACUCAUUACUUGCGGCAGUGUCAGCCAAGGUAUCUGCCAAAAACGAAGUCUUGAUUCUGUCAACAAAGUCCUAUUCUCUACGGAGACGCCGGUGGAUACCCAGUAUGUAGCGGCUAAUCAUCCCAAUGUCAGUACUGUUGGGCUCAUCGUUCAGUCUCAUCCGAACAGGCAGCCGGUUCUUUUUGUAGGGCGAGGCUACACAAGCAGCCAUCCACCCAUUGCCACAAGAAACCUGGACCAGGAACCCAUCUUUUCUUAUGAGGAAACUGCAAAGUUGGCUGUGGCCGGGCGUCUCUCUGAAUACGACCAUCAUUUUGUUGCAUCCUUUGCCCACCGUCAUCACGUGUACUUCCUUUUCUACAGACGUGACUUGAGGUCAAAAUCACGCGAGUACCGUACCUACAUCUCUCGUUUAUGUUUGGACGAUCAAGCCUAUUAUUCAUACGUGGAAGUGCCCUUGACGUGUCGUUCCCGAGCAGGAAAAAAUUAUAAUCUCCUUCAAGCGGUUCAGCUCGGGUUUUCCAAAGAUGGCAAAAUGAGUCAAGGGUCUGAGAUUGUUCUUGGGGUUUUUUCCACUCGGCUAGCUUCGUCAAACCGACCGAGUGAGGAAUCUGCCCUAUGCGUGUUCAACCUGGAAGAUGUGGACCGCAGGAUUAACUCCACCAGAGACCUAUGUUACACACAGAUGGGCCAAGAGUCCGGAAUGGAGGCGGCCUACAUUGAGUAUGAAGUCAAAUCGAAAUGCGUCAACUUACUUGAGAACACUCUCGAUCGGUACCCUUGUGGGUCUGAUCACACACCUAGCCCCAUGGGUAGUCGGAUUGCCGUGGAAGCCGAAACCAUUUUGGACAGCCCCUCUGCUCGACUCACAGCUGUUGCUGUUAGCAUAAGGGCGGGACAUACGAUUGCAUUCCUGGGAGACUCCAAAGGAAAACUUCACAAGGUCUUCCUGGGGCCAAAGGGUGAGGUGGAGGAGUACUCCAUAAUCUCCAUUCAGCAGAACUCAGUCAUCAGUUCAGACCUUAUCCUGGAUGAAGAGGAGCAGCAUCUUUUCAUCAUGACUCAUAACAUGCUACAAAAGAGACCAGUUGCUGAAUGCAGGCAACAUCCGGACUGUCACUCCUGCCUACAGGCCCAUGAUCCCUACUGUGGCUGGUGUGUCCUGGAGGGAAGAUGUGUUUUGCAGUCAAAUUGUCGCCGUGGGGACCAAACCGGCCAGUGGCUCUGGAGCUUUGACAUGGAACAGCAGUGCCUGGCUGUUCAAGAUCUCAAUCCGUCCAACAUCAGCAGGGGGGAAAGCAGGACAGUCUCUCUGUCAGUUCCUGGGCUUCCAGUGUUAAAAAAAGGGGAGUCCUACUCCUGUUUCUUCCAAGGGUUCCACAGCCCUGCUACCGUCACUGGAAGUGGUGUCACUUGUAACUCCCCACACACCAGCCAAGUUCCUAUGGUACCUCCAGGACAGGAUUUUGUCACAGUCCUUUUAUCUCUUCGUUUUGGUGAUGUCACCGUUGCAGAGAGAGAUUUCAUCUUUUAUGACUGCACGGCGGUUAAGCAGCUUUCCGGAAGUAUGCUUUGUCGUGGUUGUGUUCUGAGCCGAUGGGGUUGCAAUUGGUGUGUUCACCAGCACUCAUGUACCCACAACCCAACCUGUGAGGAGGGAGUUAUCAUCUACAACCAACAUUUUAAACUACCCACCUCAGCUCCUCCCACAACCAAAAUGACAAAAGUUUUUACAACCCCAACCACCACCACCACAGUGGUGGCCACAACCACCACGAAAGCCAUCACGGAGGCUCCCAUAACAACCGCAACAACCGUUGCCACAACCACUACAGUUCCUGUCGCUGCUUUGACCACUCGGGCGGAGACCACCCCCGUUACACGUACGUCCCAACAGACCGUUGCUCUUCAGAUGACCGACACCCACACCAGCCCUCAGCCUUCAAGUACCCUGGCCAUCACCGAACCCGCACCCAUCACAUUUCUACCUCGAGACACUACAACCAGGAUGAACGAAUCCCCUGAUACAGGUGAAGUUAUGGUCAUCACUGAAACUGGCUUGGAGGGUGCUGAAGUUACGCCAAGUACAGAAUUAUUGUCUGUGACCACUGGAGGGGAUCUAAUGCCUAUAAUGCCUAUGGUGAUCCCACCCCCUGACUCUGACGUAGACGCCACAGAAGUGAUGACAGAGUUGCCCGAGACCGAAACCCAGGAACUAGGAGGAACACUCAGCUGGGUGGAUCCGCUCACUCCAACAUCAUCUGGCAUGCCUCAACCUACACCCUUUCCCAUUGGCGAACCAGCCAGCACCAAGUCAUCCAGCCUACUGGAUCUGACCCAAGCACCAUCCACUGUACCCCCCUUAGACUCUCAAACUCAGUCUCAAAGUAGGGACACUAACCCUGAUGCGCUCUGGCCCAAGGAGCAGGACAGCAUCACUGCGGAUGGAACUGUCCUUGCAGAAAAUGAUACCGCCACUUUUUCAGCUGCCACCGUGCUUUCCGGUGAUGGUGAAGUUGACCAUGCUUCCCCAGUUUAUCCUCAAUUGGUGGAUACUGAGCUGGACUACCAGUAUGAUCCUGCUGACAGCUUCCUCCCGGGGGAUGAGGGCUCUUAUGUCAGCUGGGGUGCUUCUGCUUGCCCUUGUGUGGAGAAGGUCCAGGGUUCAUCAUUACUCCCUGUCAGAGUGGAGAGGAAAAUCACUUUACUUGCCCGCAAUCUACAUCUAUACCAGGAUACAGAGCUGGAUUACCAAUGUGUUUUGGUCAUUGAGGGGCAAACUGUGGUUGUAGAUGCCUAUGUGGAGACUGAUGACAUGAAUCCAUCCAACUAUGACAUUACCUGUCAACUACACCAGUACACUUAUUCUGCUCCUGUGGACGAACAUCAAGCGAUGGUAUACGUGAAGAGGAGGGGCACGUUCCAUGUCGACAGCGCUCCUGAUCUUUAUGUGACUUUGUACAACUGUUCUGUGGGACGGUCCGACUGUAGUCGCUGCCACACAGCAGAACAUAAGUAUGGUUGUGUGUGGUGUGGAGGUGCACAGGCCAGUUGUUUGUAUUCUGGCUCAUGCGGUCAGCCGGUACAGGAGACAUGCCCUGCUCCGGUCAUUCAUUCUAUUGAGCCACUCUCUGGUUUGCUGGAAGGUGGCACAAUGGUGACAAUAACAGGCUCCAAUCUGGGCCAAAAAGCUGAGGACGUCCUCAAUUCUGUAUUGGUGGCUGGUGUGACUUGCGUGGUCAUACCCAGUCUCUAUGAAGUUUCCUCCAGGAUUGUUUGCAGAACAAAAGCAAGUGUUGGAGAGAAAGUGGGCCACGUGUCUGUUACAGUGAGUGGUGGAGCGUUUGGCUUGUCGAGUCAGACAUUCAGCUUUCAGGAUCCAUUUGUGAUGGGAGUAUUGCCCAAAAGAGGCCCGAAAGCUGGUGGAACAACUCUGACAAUUAGCGGCCGAAACCUGUUGACAGGCCGUCCUUCUGAUCUAACUGUCACUGUGGGAGGAGUGCCCUGUAAAAUUGUCUCAGAGGUUCAUCACUCCAGUGUACAGUGUGUGACAAGUAGCAGCAACAAAACGGGGAGUCAGCAGGUUACUCUGCAUUAUGGCAGCAGCCACCGCCACCUGCACACGUUAUCUUACCACUACACUCACAACCCCAACAUCACGCAUGCCAAGCCAACUAAGAGCUUUAUGAGUGGCGGUCGACUGAUCUAUGUGUCAGGCCACAACCUGGAUGUAGUGCAGGACCCGCAGAUGGUUGUGACAGUGUUUCCCGAUGAGUCCAACCAGAAAAAUAAGAGUAGCAGAAGGAAGAAAAGAAGUACAGCGGGUAGAGGCGAUCGUCAGAAGAGAUUGGCCGAAAUGGUACCUGACCCAGUUUGUUCGGAUCAGCUCUGCUCUGCCAAACAGUUUACAGAACGUUGCGAGGUGAAUUCCUCCACCUUGAUCCUCUGUCGAUCCCCUAUGGUGGACUCGUCUGUUUGGGGAUCAAAGGUCACUGUGGAGUUUUUGCUGGAUAACCUGCACUUUGACGUCAACACUGUGAACCCGCAAGCCUUCAGCUAUGAGCCCAACCCUGUCCUUCGCCCACUGAAUCAGCAAGACCCUCUUAAGGCAUAUCGCUACAACCCAGGCAGCUUCAUCCAGCUUGAGGGGGAAAAUCUAGACCUGGCCAUUAACAAGGAGGAGGUGGUUGUACUAAUCGGGAAGGGUGUGUGUGCUGUUAAGACGCUUACUCGAAACCAUCUGUACUGCGAACCUCCACCUCAUCAGCCUGCAUCAGGAGCUAAUGGCAAGAAACGUGAGGGUGCUGACAACCUGCCCGAAUUUACCGUCCAUAUGGGAAACUUAAAUUUCUCUCUGGGUAAGGUUCAGUAUGACAAUCUAGGCCUGGCCACCUUUCCCCUGGAAGCUCAGAUUGGAGUUGGAGUGGGCGCAUCCAUUGUGGCACUCGUUGUCCUUAUCAUCGUACUUGUAUACAGGAGAAAGAGCAAGCAGGCUUUGAGAGACUACAAAAAGGUGCAAAUCCAACUAGAAAACCUUGAAACCAGUGUAAGGGACCGUUGUAAGAAGGAGUUCACAGACCUGAUGACAGAGAUGAUGGACAUGUCAAGUGACCUCGUUGGCUCUGGCAUCCCUUUCCUUGAUUACCGGAUGUACGCAGAACGCAUUUUUUUCCCCGGCCACCGAGAGUCGCCACUGAGGCGAGACCUGGACGUAAAGGAGUGCCGCAGACAGACGGUGGAGCAGGGUCUGGUGCAGCUAUCUAACCUUCUCAACAGUAAACUUUUCCUGACAAAGUUCAUUCAUACUCUGGAAAGCCAGCGGACAUUUUCUCCACGAGACCGUGCGUACGUUGCCUCUUUACUUACGGUGGCACUGCACGGCAAGCUGGAAUACUUUACGGAUAUCCUCAAAACCCUCUUGAACGACCUUGUGGAUCAGUAUGUGGCCAAGAACCCGAAACUGAUGUUGCGCAGAACCGAGACAGUUGUGGAGAAGCUGCUGACCAACUGGAUGUCCAUCUGUCUUUAUGCUUUUCUCAGAGACUCUGCCGGGGAGUGUCUUUACAUGCUUUUCAGGGCAAUAAAGCACCAGGUAGAUAAAGGGCCGGUUGAUGCUGUCACUGGCAAGGCCAAAUACACACUUAAUGACAACCGCUUGCUGAGAGAAGACGUGGAGUACAAGACCUUGACACUCAAUGUGCUAGUGCAGGGUGGAGGAAUGAAUGAGUGCCAGCCGCUACCCUCAAAGGUGCUGGACUGUGACACCAUCACACAGGUGAAAGAGAAGUUGCUGGAUCAGGUGUACAAAGCCACCUCUUUUUCUUACCGACCACAUGCUGACUCAUUGGACCUAGAAUGGCGGUCUGGUGUUGCCGGUCAUCUUAUCUUGUCAGAUGAAGACUUAACAUCUGUGGUCCAGGGUAACUGGAAACGACUCAACACCCUGCAGCACUACAAAGUCCCAGAUGGUGCUACAGUAGCUCUGGUGCCUCGCCACACGAAACACAUUCACCACGACAACCAUGAUUACGUAGCUGGAGAGAAAACACCAAUGCUGGAAGACGCAGAUGAGGGUGGCGUGAGACUCUGGCAUUUGGUGAAGGCCAGCGAAGAGCCGGAGCUCCCCAAACAUCGUAGAGGGAGUCUGAGGGAACGAGAGAGGGCCAAGGCCAUACCAGAGAUCUACCUGACCCGCUUACUUUCCAUGAAGGGGACCUUGCAGAAAUUCGUAGAUGAUUUGUUUACCGUUAUCCUCAGCACUAGUCAACCUGUCCCACUGGCUGUCAAAUACUUCUUCGAUCUGCUGGAUGACCAAGCUGGUCAACACAAUAUCUCUGACCCAGAGACUAUACACAUUUGGAAGACCAACAGUCUCCCCCUGCGUUUUUGGAUCAACAUUGUCAAGAAUCCUCAAUUCAUCUUUGAUGUGCAAGCCUCAGACCACGUGGACGCCGUGCUGUCGGUCAUCGCUCAGACCUUCAUGGAUUCCUGUACCAUUGCUGAGCACAAAUUGGGUCGGGAUUCACCCAUCAACAAGCUGCUUUAUGCUAGAGACAUCCCACGUUACAAGCAGAUGGUGGAAAGAUACUAUGCUGACAUCAGGCAAACUGUCUCUGCCAGUGACCAGGAAAUGAACUCUGCUCUAGCUGAACUAUCAAGGAACUAUUCAGAAGAACUGAACUACUUGGUUGCACUGCAUGAGCUGUACAAGUAUAUCAAUAAAUACUACGACCAGAUAAUCACAGCUCUGGAGGAGGACACCACAGCCCAGAAAAUGCAGCUUGGUUACAGACUACAGCAGAUUGCUGCGGCCGUAGAGAACAAGGUCACAGAUUUGUGA